AUGCCUCUAACUCAAACAUAUCCUCAUCUUGCUUUUGUUUACUUCAAUGGUGCAAAACCGCCACUUCAAUUUAGGUUCUCCGAGGACACGCAUUUCACCGAGCUGAUUACAAUACUCAAUUCUCUCCUACAAUAUCCAAAAAUUCGGAAGUUAGUCAAGCUCGAGUAUCGUUCACCAUCACUCGAAACUGAAGGAAAUGUGCAGUUCACCCAAUUUGCAUUGAAGAAAGAUGACGAUUUAAAGGUUAUGUUUAGUACUUUUUGUCAAUACUCCACUAAGGGUCCGAUUAAAGUUGAUGCGAAGAUUCAGAGAUUUGGAGAAGAUUUCGUUAAAAUGUUGCUACGUCCUUAA